UUGCUUGUUGAGCUGCUGUCACGUGCAGCCAUGAGCGCUUGAGGUGCAUUCCUUGGCUCUCCCUGCUCUGCUACCUCCUCAUCUGCAAGCCUUGUUUACGAAGUCCAACGAAGCCAAGAGUUGUUUACAAACAACUUUAAUCCCGAGGAAGGUUGACGAAUAACUACCCUUUCAAAACACACACAUUUGUUUGAACAGCACCGAGGCGCUUUCAUCGAUCGCAAUGUUGCUGAAUCGACAUGAAAUGGUUCCUGGCUUUGAUGAAAUUGAGAGUAGUUGUGAAAUGCUCCCUUCUAGGCUGAGAUUUUACGGAACAAUGUAAAAUAUUUGAGUGACACUGGCCUUUGAUUUCCGUUUGCAAGAUAUAGAUUAUUUUUUGUUGCUUCGUCUGAUGAGAUUUCAUCCAUAUGAAUACUGCUCUGAUGUUUUUAAUUUUUUUUGUUAUGAAAUUGUGAAAAUUCUGCUUGGACGGUAUUAAGAUAAUUAACUGACUUAUAACGAGCCAUUAAUGAGUAAUAAUUUUACACGUCAGCAAUUACAACGUAAUUACUUUCAGUGUAAUAUGUAUGAUCAUUAGUGUUACGUGUUGACUAAUUUGAAACUUGACCGAUGAACUUUGCUUACGAACCGAACCGAGCUUCAAUUUGAAGUGAAUAGUGUUGAAGCUAUAAAGAAAAUUUCGAGAGAUGGCUUUAAAGAAGAACAGCUUCUGCGCAUUACUAAAUUUUGUGACUCUUGCCAUUUUUCUGGGGCUGUCAGGCUGCCAGGCUCAGAAGACUCCCUUCUUCAGUAACAUCCCAGGGGACUGGUGCAGAACGCGGUCUGAUCCGUGUUGCUUGCAACGUCAAGACGAUUGCUCAGUACCCAUUUUCGGCACCCUGUGCUACUGCGACGAGUUCUGCAAUCGCGACUACAACCCGGACUGCUGUCCUGACUACACGCCCGUCUGCCUGGGCAUAUCCCGACCCUCGACCGCACCUCCGGAACCCGUGUCGCGAUGCUUCCACAACGGUCAAUACUUUCAAGAAGGAGAUGUCAUCACCGACAACUGUAAUACUUGCGAGUGUUUGCCCAACGGCGUGGCGUCGUGCACCAACACCAGGUGUUUGGUGGAGGCCUCCCUCCUGCAGCAGCUCGGGGGUGACCAGGCCGGCACCUACCCCAACAGAUGGGGAUGGCAGGCCACCAACUACACCAUCUUCUGGGGCAGGAAGCUGGAAGAGGGAGUCUUGCAUCGAACUGGCACUGAGCACACCGAUGUCAACCUGAACCCGAUAUUCCUGGACUACAACCCGGCCACCAUUCCACCCGAGUUCGACGCGAGGGCCAAGUGGCGGCAGCGCAUCAGCCGCGUCCGUGACCAGGGCUGGUGUGGUUCAUCGUGGGCGUUCUCAACCAUCACCGUCGCUACUGACAGGUUGGCGAUCGAGUCUGAGGGGCUGGAGGCGGUGCCGCUGAGCCCUCAGAACUUGAUCAGCUGCGACCGCCGCGUGCAGCAAGGCUGCGAGGGCGGCAAGAUCGAGCGCGCGUGGCAGUACCUGCGCCGAUACGGCGUGGUAGACGAGACGUGCUACCCCUACACCAGCGGCACAUCAUUCGUCAAAGAUAUCUGCAAGAUCCCGCGCCGCUCCUCGUUUUUAACUGUCCAGUGCGAUUCUCCUGCGCACCAAGCUGUCGGGCGCGAGUCUUUGUACAAAAUGGAACCCGCCUACAGAAUUCGGAGCCGAGAGAGCGACAUUCAGUAUGAGAUCAUGACCAACGGUCCAGUGCAGGCUCGUAUGCGCGUGGAGCAAGACUUCUUCUCAUACAUGAGCGGCGUGUACUCGAGCUCCGGGCUCAGCGAUCCCUCCGUGGUGGGACAUCACUCGGUGCGCCUCAUAGGCUGGGGCGAGCAGUACUCGGACUAUGAGCGACGACCUGUCAAGUACUGGUUGGCUGCGAACUCCUGGGGAGAAGACUGGGGAGAGCGCGGAUUGUUCAAAAUACGGCGCGGCGUCAACGAGUCCGGCAUAGAGGAGAACAUUCUCGCUGUGCGCGCUGGUCUCCUCACUCAGUACCCGUCCAACCUGAUAGCCGAUGCCCAGUCUGAGUGGUUCUAUAUCUGAUCUUAUUAUACCACUAUAACAUAAGUUAAAGUUACAUAGUGUUUCAUAACAUUAGUAUAUCUACUGUUAUUUGUGACUUUGAGUGUCAAAGUUUCGUUGCUAGUACAGUCAUUUGCAAAAGUUUAAGACCACCCACAGAAUUUGAACUAAAUCAGGAAUUGACCCUUUUUGGAUGAGUGAUGUACAAGUUUGAGCCUGCGGCGGGCCUAACGGUAGCUGCAGGCGAUCAGAGGAGUGUGUUCGUGCGUCAUUUACCUCCCAGCUCUUGCAUGAGAAGAUUAUAGCUGCAAGACAGCAGAAUAUUCUUUUAUUAGAAAUGGGUAGAAAAGCUUCUCUUACCGAAGUCCAGAGGGCUCAAAUUGUGCUCUUACAUGACGAAGGUUAUUCUGUAUGCCAGAUUUCGCGAAAGAUGAGAUGCAGCAAGACUGCAGUUAACAAUGCAAUACGCAAGUUUGAACAUGAUAGCUAUUAUUCAGACAAGAAAAGGUCGGGGCGUCCGAGGAAAACAACCAGCCGUGAUGACAACAUGAUGAAGCUUACUGUUGCAAGAUCUCCAACAAGUUCCUGUAAGAAAAUUCAAGGAAUUUUGCUUCGAAAAGGAUGUGAGCUGAGCAUCAGUUCUAUUUCACGCCGUUUAAGCAAAGAAUUUUACCUAAAGAGUUUCACGCCUGCUCAAAAACCAAAGUUAACUGCAGCCAUGAAAAUUAGGCGAUUGAAUAUUGCUUGGAGACAUCAAGAUUGAACGGUUGCCAAGUGGAACACAGUGUUGUUUUCAGAUGAAAUUGCAUUUUAGCAGUCUGGGUUACGCCAUCAAAACAUUAGGCGACCAGUUGGUAAAAGAUUUGAAGAGAAAUAUACAGUACCUACCAUGAAACAUCCACCCAGUGUCAUGGUUUGGGGGCAUUUAGCCAUAAUGGGACAGCUGGAUUGGACUUUCUGCCUCAGAAAACAACCAUGAAUGGAGCAGGGUACCUCAAGCUGCUUCAAGAAAAGCUUGUACUACACGUGGGAAUAUACCAGUGUAGUAUUUUCAUGCAGGAUGGUGCUCCAUGCCAUCGGGCCAGGCAGGUGAAAGAUUUUUUGACCUCAAACCACAUUGAAUUGCUGGACUGGCCUAAAAAUGGCCCAGACUUGAAUCCCAUUGAAAAUUUGUGGUCAGUCAUGAAGGAUAAGGUAGCAGCAAUGCAACCUUCAAAUUUGAAGUCAUCAGAAAAAUGCAUUAAGCUGGUAUGGUGCAAAGAAUUUUGCAAGGAGUACUGCCAGAAUAUUAUCAGCAGUAUGCCACGACGAAUCCAGGCUGUUAUUGACAAUAAAGAUGGACACACUAGGUUCUGAAUAUAUCAAAUGUAUCAUAAAUUGCUUGUUAUUUAUUCACUUUGUCUCAUCAAAUACAAACAGUUUGAAUAUUUUG